AUGGAUGCCGAUAGAGUUGCUCAUUAUCUGGAACUGGAAGAUAAACUUGCAAAGAUUAGAAUACAAAUACAUUCCAAAUUAGAUAACCAGAAGCAUAUUGCUAUUAUAUUAUCUGCUGUUGAAGAAAACAUUCAAAACUUAGAUACUAAUGAUACCUCAAAAAAUCUAGUCCACUAUAUGGUCUCUUUGAUGUCUCUAUUAGAUCAAGCUAUUGAUCCAAAUACCCACAAAAUCAAGGAUUUGAGCUUACUUUCAUCUACAUGUUAUUUACUAGAUAUAAUUUUUCAUUACGCACCAAAACAAUUAUUAAAAUCAAAAUUUUCAGAAAUUUUAACUAAAAUUGCACCAUGUAUUACAGAUGAGGGAGCUAGUGCUGCUUUAAUCAGAUCUGCUAUCGGUUGUUUAGAAUCUCAAUUGAUUGCUCAAGAUGCCCAAAUUUGGAACAACACACAGGCAUUAACCGUCACACCAAGAAGAGGUCUACAAGGUCUUCUGGAAUUAUCAUUGGAUCCAAGACCUAAAAUUAGAAAGAGAGCAGCAGAGGCUGUGUUUAACAUUUUAUCUAAUCCACCUGCAGCACCAACUGCUGAACAUGUUGCAUCGAUUUUUAUUGCAUCUUUCUGUAUUAAAUCUUUAACCUCAGUCAUGAAUGAAUUUUCUGUCACUUCAAACAAAAAACUAAGGAAUCAGAGUGGUCCAAAUGAUUUAAAUACUAAAAUUAUUCACAACAUUAGAUUCAUCAGUAAGGUUAUCUCGAGUAACCAAUGGCCCUCUCCUCAGAUUGAACCAUUGUGUGACCUAUUGUUAGAAGUUACAAAAAGUUCAGACCAAUUCUUAGUUACCGCUGCUUUUGAAUGUUUUGAAAGUCUAUUCAAUUCUUUAUCCGAGCAAUCAUCAACACUUGGAUUAGCUGAUAACAAGUUUUUAAAUGUUUUAGAGAUUAUUUACUCAUUAAAGCCAUCUAACAAUGAUACGCAUCUAGCCGGUGCUUGGAUUGCUGUUGUUGUGAAAAGUUUAUCCUCCUAUGCAGUUCAUCAACCAUUAAAGGCAAUGCAAAAGAUACCAGAAGUUUUCAAGUUGAUUUCAACUUAUUUAGCUAGUGAAUCUGAAGAAAUUUAUACCAGUGCUUCUCAAUGUUUAAUUGCAAUUUUAACAAAUGCUAUCAGGGAUGAGUUAUUAUUAGAACUACCAUCAAAUACUGAAGCUACUAUCGACGUUGUUGAUGGUCUUUUAGAAGAAAUGUCUGUUUUAAUAACUGACUUCUUAUCCAUUAAGUACACUCACUGUGGUAAAGAAAUUUUAAAUGUAUUGGCAGCUGCAUUCACAAAAUUAAGACAUAGAGCAAACCCAUCAUUCAUAAAAUUAUUAGUAAUCGUUGACCAGUGGAGAAUCAAUGAGAACAACUAUAUGGAAUACAGAAAUGAAGUUGAGAAAGUUAUUGGUUCUGCUAUAUCAGGAAUGGGCCCAGACAUUGUUUUAUCAUACUUACCAUUAAACUUAGAAAAUCCAACUGACGAACAACCUGGCCGUGCUUGGUUAUUACCAAUUUUGAGAGAUUAUACAAAAAAUACAAGAUUAUUGACCUUUAUUAACGAAAUUUUACCACUAAUUGAAGUUUUCGAGGAUAAAUGUAAGCAAUUAAACUCUGAAUCCGUUCAAUUAAAGGUCUUUCAAACAGUAAUCGACCAAUUGUGGUCAACAUUACCACGUUUCUGUGAAUUACCAACUGAUUUACAAGAAUCCUUCACUAGUGAUUUUGCUUCUAAAUUAUCUUCAAUUUUAUAUAGUAAAGUUGAAUUAAGAACGACUAUCUGCCACGCACUAAAAAUGUUAGUUGAUAGUAAUUCUGCAUAUGCUAAUGGAGCUCUUGCUGACAAUAUUUUAUUACAGGAAUCUUUCCCAGUUCAGAAUGCCAAAGAUAAUUUAACUUAUUUAUCCAAAAUGUCUCCAAAUAUUUUAUCUGUUCUUUUCAACGUGUACAGUCAAACUGCUCCAAAUGCAAGAGGUUAUAUUUUAGAAACUAUCGAAUCAUUUAUUAAAAUCACUACUGAGGAAGAUCUACAGACCACUUUUAACAAGGUAUGUACUUUAUUAAACUCUGCUAUGGACGAAGAGUCUGAAAAUGUUCAAAAGGGUAAACCGCAAUUAUCUGCAACAUUAUUGGAUUUAGUCGUGUGUAUGGUAAAGUAUGUCCCCGCUUCAUCGUACAGUGCUCUAUUCUCUAUUUUCAGCAUCACUGUUAAUUCAGUUGAUGCACUAACUCAGAAAAGAGCUUAUAGAAUUGUUACAAGAUUGUCUGAGCUAGAUGCAGGUUUUGAAGCUUUAUCUGGUUUUAUCUCUGAUAUCACAAAGGUAUUUGUAGAAACUAGUGACAAAACUCAAACUUCUACUAGGUCUGUUAGACUGAGUGCUAUAAAGGCUUUAGUAUCUAUGUUACCAUCAAACCAAAUGGACUUCAUUGUCAAGGUGGUUCCUGAAGUCAUUUUAGCAACUAAAGAUGUGAAUGAAAAGUCAAGAGAAACUGCCUUUGAAACUCUUAUAGAAAUGGGUAAAAAAAUGAAUGAACCAAAUAGUGUUGUUAGAUUAUCUGAAAUUCCUGGUUAUGAUAGCACAACACCUGACCAACCAUCUAGCGUUACCGAAUUUUUCAAGAUUAUGUCUGCUGGUUUAAUUGGUGAAUCACAACAUAUGGUCAGUGCCACAAUCACAGCAUAUGCAUGUGUUGUAUUUGAAUUUAAAGAUGAAAUUGAUCCAUCAAUGCUAUUAGAAAUAUAUGAUACUAUUCAACUAUAUUUAACUUCGAAUUCAAGAGAAAUUGCCAAAAGUGCAAUUGGUUACAUUAAGGUUUGUAUUCUAGGUUUACCUGUUGAAUUGAUGCAUGAUAAAGUACCUGAGUUAUUACCAAAAUUACUACGUUGGUCAAAUGAACAUACCGGUCAUUUCAAAGCCAAAGUGAAGAAUAUUAUUGAGAGAAUGAUUAGAAGAUUUGGCUAUGAACUUGUUGAACAAGCCUUCCCAGAAGAAGAUAGAAAACUAUUAACUAAUAUUCGUAAAGCUCGUAAUAGGAACAGCAAGAAGGGUAGCGAGCUUUCAGAAGGUAAGUCCAAUGCUACUUCAGCAAAGGGUUCUAGAUUUAUGUCUGCCUUUGAUGAAGUUGUAUAUGAUUCUUCUGAUGAUGAGAAUGAUGAUACUGAAGUUUCUAAUGGUAAAGGUAAGAAGGCUUCUAAGCAAUUUAUCAUUGAGGGUGAAAAUCCAUUAGAUUUAUUGGAUUCACAAACAUUAGCUCAUAUAUCUACAACUAAUGUUAGAAAUAAUAAAAAAGAACAACGUAGGAAAAUCAGGGAUGAUGAAGCUUUCAGUUUCGAUGAUGAAGGUAAAUUAGUUGUGAAACCUGGUUCUUCGAAGACUGUUAACGAAGAGGAUCCAUUAAUGUCUGUUACCAGUGGUAUUAAUGCAUACUUAGAUGCUGUUAAGAAUGGUCCUAUUAGAGGUCAAAAGAAUAAAUUGAAAUUUAAGAAGAAUAAGGAUGCUGAUGAUGAGGACGAUUUUGAUAAUUCACCAAAGCCAACAAAGAAAAACGAUUCAAGAAAUAAAAUCGGUAAAGGUAGUUUCAAAAAGAAUCAAAAAUUUAAAUCCAGAAGAAAACUUUAG